GCAGAUCCAAAGAAUUAUUGUUCAGACGAGGGAGAAGGUUGCGCCACAUCGUGCGAUAAGGCAAAUUGGUAGAACCCAAUAAUGAUAAUUUCAUUUCUUUGUGUGGUCGCGCUCUAUUUGCCUUCAAAAGGGUUUGACGAGGAUUUAACAGGUUGGACUUGUCCUCGAGACUGGUUAUACUUCAACGGCUCAUGCUAUCGAGCUCAUGACAUUAAACUGUCAUGGUUUGACGCAAGGGUGGCUUGCCAGAAAAACGAAGGAGAACUGCUUAGCAUCAACUCUGAGGGAGAACAGCAGUUCGUAUACAAACGCAUGGCAGUUAACAAAAUGUUUUGGAUCGGCUUGGUGAAAGAUAACAGCUCUCGAAGGUUCCGCUGGUCGAAAGGGGAGGAGCUAGCUUACUUGAACUGGAUCCCUGGAGAGGGAAACACGGUUAACGAGGACUGUGGUGAAAUGACAGACUACAGUUCAUUUCAUGGCCAGUGGAACGACAAAUGCUGCUCCAAAAAACAGCCCUACAUCUGUGAAAAAGAUGCAGUGAGCGGACGAUAUUUCAAGACAUUGCCAAACACACAGUUGACUGAGCAUGUGAUCGACCAUUUGAUCGUACAAAGUGACAUUGAAUGUUUGCUCUGGUGUGGACGCAACCAAAACUGCACAUCAGUUAACUACAGACCAGGAGACUCGCCAUCAACGAGCCUUUGUGAGAUAAACGCUGCAAUCGCAAACGAGUUUCCCGAAGAUAUGGUGAAGAGCGAGGAAUUCGAUUAUUAUGAGGCUUUAGGUUGAAGAUAUUUGACUCACUGGCCCCUCCCUGGUGAUCAUUGGCAAUCAUGAACCGUUUAGUUUUUAGGUCAGUAAUGUAAGGUUUCUCAUUUUUGUAGCAAGGUGUAUAAAAUAAAUAAAUAAUUGGUAAGUAAACAGAAAAAAAAUUUUUACAACGCUUGGUUGGUUUGGGUCAAACCUGGCGUUUUGGGUUCCCUUUGUGUUAUCAACCACUGCGUUAUCACACAUGGUUGAAAUGAUGGACUAAAUUUUGUUGUGGUAUAGUAAAAAAAAAACAAAAAACAAAAAAACAAACAUUCUUGAAACACCAUGAUGUUUUCCUGCGGAGUCAUGGCCCCAACCAUUGUAAUUACACACACGAGAUACUAUGUUUCAAGCGAGGAUCAGUAAAUAGGGUUAAUGAGAAAUAAAAUAAUUUCUUUUUCAUAUCUAGUAUGUAUGAUUACAUUAAGAUUUGCGCAAAAACAAAAUGUCGGAUACUGGACAGCUCUUCAGCUUCUAAAUUAAGGGCAUACGUUUAGAUAAAUUGUCAUCAUGAUGAAGUAGCUCAGCUACACCCCAGUCGGCACCCAACGAUGAAGUUUAAACAACUACAUCGAAACUAUUACACCCAAAGAAUUCAAAAGUUGUGAGAACACAGUUACCAAUAAUAAGCACAAUGAAAAAUUCAUAAUUAUUGUUUUCAUUAUAUUUUCUUAGAAUUUAAGCACAAUUGUCUCUAAUAUUCCAUGCAUAAUUGAUAGUAUAUCAUUUCAUUUGAGUCAAAAUUGAUCCCACAUCUCCAGUUCGUCUCUGAAGAAGCAUGCACAUGAAUACACCAAAUGGUUUUCUGCGAAACCCGGGUUGUGUGUCAUUUAACAUGUCACGAAAUACGUGACAAUACGAUUCAAGCUAUGCGUGACAAAGCAUGUACAUUAAUGUUUCACUUUCUACUUUGUGACGUUUCUCUGUGUUACGUUAUGAAAAAUAUGUCGACGGUUCAUUGGAUCAGUGACCAUCCCAGAUUCAAACUUCUAUCAGAAUAUUUCACAACCACGAAUUACUCAUUCUUGUUAAUGGCUCAAGCUGAAAAAAUCGUAGAUCACGAAAAUCCGUGUAGCACAGGAGCACUUUGCACUUUGUCUAACGGCUCAAAAUCCUAAAGUUCUGGACAACACCUUUCCUUUGCUUCUUCAUUAAAACAGUCUCACGAUCAAGAAACGUUGAAACGUUUUUCAAUAAUCCUCCUACCCAUAAACCAAAACCUUUGCUUAUCGAGAGUGUUUCCUGGUUCUACUUCAAAUACUGUUAUUGCAGAGUUCAUCUCUCUGACUGACAGCAUUCAAUGAAUUCUCUGUAAGGUGCACUCGUUUGAGCGGCCCUUCUAAAUGUGGAUAUCAGAGUCUCUUUAUUAGUUGCGUCGAGAUU